GAUGGAUCAACUGCUGGGGUACUUUGGCAGCUGGCAAAAUGGCAUUUCCAGAUUCCUCAUUGCUUGAAAAAGAGGCUAGGAAAAGUCUAGCAUUGGAACACAUCACUGCAAGUUACACAGACAUCUUCUUGGAUCACGAGGCCUCCUAUGAAUGUUGUUCCACCAACCCCGAUACAGGUUGUGCCUUCAUGUGCCGCCGGAGCCCCCGGCUUCUUAUGAACGGCUACUACAUACUCACAGAGGACAGCGUUCUGUCUGAUGAAGAUGGCAAUGUCACACUGAGCCUGUCAAAGACAAGCAUUACCUAUAAAGAGAAAUUAAUUAGAAUAUUCCGGAGAAGAAAGCGAAUCCGCCGAUCUCUUGGUAGCUUGUUCAAUAUUCAUGCCUCCGAUUCAUGGCUGAACAGUACCGCUUGUGGCGAUCUAAAUGCACAUUUUGCGGACGCAUCUUGGUUGGAAACAGACAGUGAGAUGGAUGCUGGUCAAAAUGACUGCAAUGAUGAUGUCACGGAAUCAAGAGCGCACGAGCAUCCGCCUCCUUGCUCCUGUCUGUUGGCAGAAGAGUUCUCCCAUGAAAAAUCUUUGAGCUGUUCAAAAUAUUGUACAGUGAGGAAAGACAUUUGCCAAAUGCUCACGCUGUCUAUGGGUUUCAUCAUUUCUCUGGGUGCAAGAUUCUUCACGGGAGGAUGGUUUACUACUCUGCUGAGCUGCUUGCUGCUAUUCCUUUUAAUCUACCUGAUUCGGCCCAAAACGGGCCUGUUGUGGAACACGGGAGUGUGCCCAGGGGUGCGCCUGCACAGCCGGGGGCGCCCCAUGGGCGUGCCCCCCUGGUGA